AUACUUUGUGUAAUAAUAGACUUCCCAGAAGUACAAAAACUAUGGUGUACGAGCAAUUAUGGACCCGUUGGAGUACUUUAGAUAAUGGAUUAAAAUCACCUGAAUGGACUUCCAAUAAUUACCUAGAUCGUAAAUAAUAGUUUCCGAACAUCACAUUGACACGAUGACAAUUUGAGUGGCAUUCUUUAAUUACAUGACACGUAACACAACAGAGUACUUCCUACAAUGUAAGUCGAUUUGUAGCCAGUGUUAUAUUAGCUUCGUCAAAAAUGAUGACAACAUUAAAAGUUUUACUCCUUUUACCAUUCCUCUUAUCCGAGUGUACUGCAACUUCAAAGUUAAUAGAAAAAGCAAUAUUUGUUUCAAGCCAGUAUUACCAACACCAUUUUGCAACUACAGUUGUGUGGAGCGAAAAUGAUUCGUCAUAUGUGGAGGAAUAUUUGAGGAACUUUCCUGGUUGUGUGGUCCUAAAGCCCUUGAAAACUGAUCAAGAUGACAACACAAUUAACCUGUUCAAUGAAGUAUUUGGUUUCCGACAAACUAUAUUCUUUGCAAGCAACAUCCAUGAUUAUGAAAACUUCAUGAAAGUUAUUAAUGAAAUCUUAAGAUAUCCAAUUCUAUUUAUACUUGUCCUAGAAAGUGCCGUCGAAGGAUCUGCAGAGCUGAGAGAAUAUAUCAAGGUGACGUGGGACAAUGAUCAAGGAGAUAUAGUCAUAAUAAGUGCUGAUAAUUCUAAUGAAGUUACAUUGUCAACAUUCUAUCCAUACAGCUCUGGAAUAUGCAGAAACUAUGACCCAGUAGUAUUGAAGCGGGAUGAUGAUUUAUUUCCAGCUAAAUUUGAUAAUUUCCACCGUUGCCCGGUCCGGGCAAUUGUGAUGCAAUUGUUUCCGUAUGCGCAAGUGGUAAGAGAUAACGGAAUAAUUGUUGGUAUAGACGGCCAAGACGGCGCUAUAUUUAUGACAAUAUUGAAUAAAUUAAAUGCGACACUUCAAGUAACCGCAGUUGAUAAUAUUAAACCAUUUGGGGAGAAGGUGAACAGAACAGUAACUAGUUCCAUCUCUGACCUAGCCAUGGAUAAAGCUGACAUACUUAUUCCAUCCUUUAUAAUGAAUCAAAAAAGAUACUCAAAGGCUUAUGCUUCUCAUGUGAGUCAUACCAUAGAUAUCCGAUGGAUUGGACCACCUCGGCGUAAUGUUUUAAGUUGGUUUAAAAUCUUAGUUCCAGAUAAAACACGUGUGUCGCCAAUUCAUGGCGUUAUUUGUGUUCUGUUUGUUACCGUUUCUCUAUUUAUUCAGAAACUAAAAAAACAUUUGACGAGCCGUGAUAACCACGUACUAAUUUACUCAUUUUUAAUAUUUUUGGGGCAACCAACAAAAUUUGAAUCCAAGUCAUCACUUCUAAAUUACAUUUUUGCUCUCUGGAUAUGGGGUUGUUUUAUAGUACGUAUUGAAUACCAAGGAGAUCUGUUUGAAAGUAUGCAGAGAACCAGCUUAGAAGAACCUUUUGCAUCCCUCGAUGACGCGGUCACAAAAGUUGACAACUUUGGUGGAAUGGAAGUAUUUCACGAUUUGUACAAGGAUAGCCAUUUAUCAAAAAACUAUAAAAUAUUACAACUAGAUGAAAACAGUAGAUAUAUUCAACGAAUACUUGAUGGGGAACGGUUUCUCUUAGUUACUGAUAUGGUAAUGGUAUCACAAGCGGUUAAAAACAAAAUUCAAAUAUUGAAUGAUCGGCGAAGUACUGCCAAUAUUUGUUUUUUCAUGCGUCCAGGAUGGCCGGCAGCAAAAAGUGUGGACAACAUAAUUCUGGACCUAGUUGAAGGUGGUUUCAUUGAUUACCUCCUGAGGAAGCACGAACAUGAAUGGAAUAUUAAAUUAAGUUUCAGUGAAGAUCCGAAACCAAAAGCUUUGAGUAUUUCUAUACUAGGAACUUGUUUUUGGGGUUUAGCAGUAAUGUGGGCGAUUUGUUUACUCAUUUCGGUUAUAGAAAUCAUUCGUUACGAUAACAAAAAUUCUCGCAACACAUUCUAA